GAACACUAUUUCAGGUCAUGUAAGUCGAUACACGAUACUAAUAGUACUACGACUUCGCGGCAAAAGAUAUUUGACACAAUUGGAUUUUUUUAUUAUAAUGGCAGUGACUUUUAUUGCCAUAUUUGCAUUAUGUAAUUUAGUGACAUUUGACGUUACAAGCGCGUUAACGUCGCUACAAGUAGUAUGGCUAGUUCCAUACACAUCCCAUCCGGACGCGAACUACGUCUACAAUGCGUCAACGUCUGUGGCAGCGUUAGCGUUGGGAAUUGAAACCGUCGAAAGAAUGGGGAUUCUGCCGAACCAUAGUAUAAAUGUAACGUUUAUCGACACCCAGUGUAGCAGUAAGGAGAGUCUGGGGGCCCUGUUUGACUUUUUGCUCGGCCAACAUGUGGACGUCGUGCUGGGGCCACCUUGUGCUGAGGUGGUGGACCCUGUUGGUGAACUGUUGUCGUACCGAAAUGUCCCUUUGUUGAACUGGGUAUCCGUGGGCCAAACCAUCGAAUACAAAUACGAAUUGACCACCUACUUUCGGACCAUGGCGCCAAUCUCGUCACUCGGUGGAAUUAUGAUGCUGUUCUAUUACUACACUGGAUGGAGGCGCCUUGUCAUCAUUUCAAGUGAUCGACCGGAAUACAGAGCCGCUGCCGAGACCAUCAAAAAUAGCAUUGAGCAACAUGCUGUGAAUGGUUUCUACGUAUCACAUCACUAUAACGACAUAACGCUGAACCCAUCAGAUGACGUCAUAGAUACUAUGCUAAGAAACAUCAUUCAUGAAGGCAGAGUAAUUGUCUUGUUGACUCCCCGAGAAGAGCUCCGGAAUUUCAUGCUGCGCGCGCACGCUGUUGGCAUGACGUCAGGCGAUUACCAAUUUUUGUACACAGACACGCAAUUAGCGGACGCCAUUGACGUGGUGUACCUAAACAGUAACCAACUCUGGUAUCGAGGGGAUUCUCGUGACGACAAGGCCUUGCAGGCGUUCGAGAAUGUGCUUUAUUUUGUACUUGGUCACACAACACAACCUACAUCAACCUGGCGGGACUCGGCAAUGGCUGCACACAGGGGGGUGUUUGGUAAUCGGACAGAUGCUCCGACGGCAGGGGAGCCUGACGAGUACUCGGCCUAUCUUCAUGAUACCAUGUUCUACUGGGCCUCCCUUCUCAACACUUCACUGUCAAAUAACGCGUCCGGAAGUGGUGCGGACCUCUUUUCCAUCUCGUACACUUCAUACUUUAAAGGUCUCUCGGGCGACGUGAUAAUGAACCAGCUCGGCGAUAGACAACCCGCCUUCUUCGUGUACGAUCUUGCCCCUUCCGGUAACUUCAGUGAAGUGGCAGCACUGCAAUACGCCAUAGACGCUACAGGGAUCGGUUACACGGUGAACUCGUCUUUUACGAAGAUCAUAUGGGGGGACGGGCGUACGACAGACGACCCGUACAUUCCCCCGGAUUCACCGGUCUGUGGCUUCUUUGAAGAGUUCUGCCAGCCGGAGUCAGAGUCAGGCCGUAAAUAUGCCGGACUACCAAAUUACUCUGUCCAUUGCAACAAAACCACCCUGACAGUUGUCCUGUCCGUCAGCAUCAGCAUGUUGGUCAUACUGCUAGCUCUGUUCAUGAUAUACAGAUGGUACAGGGGAGAACAAGACCUCAAGAACAUGAGUUGGAAGAUCAAGUUUAACGAUCUUAACCUCUCGCCGAAGACUAAGACACACUCUAUGACGCACCUAUCGACCCGUUUAACCAACAGUGCAGUGAGCGUAGCAAAUGGAAGUGACACGGGGACGGUGCGCAGCGGUGCCGUUUCCGGUUACUCGAUGGCGCGCGGUCAGAUCUUCACUACUGUAGCGGAUCACAAAGGUCAGCUGGUGGCACUCAAGAGGAGCACCCGGAAGAAGGUCCCACAUGAUCGGAACUUCCUGCUACAGAUAAAACAUCUAAUAGCAAUGAAGCACGGAAAUGUGACGUCUUUUGUCGGCGUGUGUCCUGAGCCAGAAUUCAUCUGUUCGGUCUGGGAGUAUUGCUGUAAAGGUUCUAUACAGGACGUUAUAGAAAAUGACGACAUAAAACUGGACACAAUGUUCAAGCUGUCAAUUGCCGUUGACGUGUGCCAGGGUCUGGAUUAUAUUCACAAAAGCCCUAUUCGUCACCAUGGCAAUCUGAAGAGUUCAAAUUGCGUAAUAGACAGCCGCUGGGUGUGCAAACUGACAGAUUUUGGCAUCGAACGACUCAAACCGGAAGCUGACUCUUCGGAGGAGGUGAUCGGGGAACACGCGUUUUAUGCACGUCUGUUUUGGACUGCCCCAGAAAUACUACGACAAAUUCUUAAGAAGGAGAAAGUGGAAUAUACGCCAAAAUCCGACAUCUACGCUGUGGGGAUCAUAGUGAAAGAGUUGCUGUGUCGAAAUGAACCUUACUGUUCUGAAUGCACCCUUUCUCCUAAGGAAAUCAUUCACAUGGUGGCUUACCCGACCACUACUGAAGACCCGUUCCGUCCCGAGAUUGGCGACAUCUCCCUCGAUAGCGAAUACAGGCGGUCAAACAUGGAAUAUAUGAUUGCUAGAUGUUGGGACGAGGACCCAGAGACGAGACCGACGAUGAAAGCCAUACUCCGGACGCUGAAUAAGAUAAACCCUUACAAGAAGGCGAAUGUGGUAGACAACAUGAUGGCGAUGAUGGAAAAGUACACGACUAAUCUGGAGGACAUCGUGACCGAGAGGACGGAACAACUCCAGGAGGAAAAACGAAAAACAGAUGCUUUGCUAUACAGGAUGUUGCCAAAAAAAGUAGCAGACGACUUGAUGGUUGGUCGGUCAGUACAGGCGGAGGCGUUUGAGGCCGUGACCAUAUACUUUUCCGACAUUGUCCAGUUUACCGACCUAGCGAGUGAGAGUACGCCUCUGGAGAUUGUUGCCCUUCUGAAUGCGUUGUACACAGUUUUCGAUGACAUAAUCUCCCACUUCGAUGUUUACAAGGUUGAGACAAUCGGCGAUGCUUACAUGUUGGUGAGCGGUUUACCGGAGCGAAAUGGGAACAGGCACGCCCAAGAGAUUGGCGGGGUGGCUCUCAGUAUCCUCCGCAGCGUGCUUACAUUUACUGUACCCCACAAGCCUGGCAGGCAGCUGGAGCUAAGGAUAGGAUUACACACGGGUUCCGUUGUUGCAGGUGUUGUUGGCCUGACAAUGCCGCGUUACUGUCUCUUUGGUGAUACCGUAAAUACUGCAUCCAGAAUGGAGUCGAAUGGGAAACCUUUAAAGAUCCACAUUAGUGCCUCAACAAAAGGAGCGCUGGACGAGUUUCCGAAAUUCAUCGUAGAAGAAAGAGGAGAAAUAACGGUCAAGGGCAAGGGAUCGAUGACUACUUACUGGUUGAACGGACUGGAUGAGGAGGAGGAGGAAGAAGAGGAUGAAGAUGAUGUGUGUAGUCAAUCUCCAGACCGCAAUGCGAAAUUAAACCAAGUAUAUGAUUCCGAUCAAGAACAAGAAGAUACUCACGAACACACCGAUCAAGACAAUACCAUCAAUUCUGGUGGAAAAAAUAGCAUUGCAGACUCUGGUAUAGGAAUCGACAAAGCUAUGGAUGAGAAAUUUGGGAAUGUUUACCUUGGUAUUGAUGCUGAGAGCAUUGCACGAGAGGAUGAAAAAGAAACAAGAGAACAAAUGCAACUCUUUGGACGAAGAAAAAUAAAUUUCGUUGAUGAAACUGACGAACUUAGUUCGAACAAACAUGUUUAUGACUCCAGUGACAAAGAUUUAAGAAAUAAUUGGUCUAAUGAAAAUGUUGUGGACUAUACGGUCAAUUCAUUAUAUUCCGAAAUGACAAAAGGAAGUAGUAACAUUCCACCCCUUGGUCACAACUCUAAUGAUCAAAAUAGUUCCAUAUUUCAUCCACCAGCUCGAGCUGAUGCAACAAAUUUUAUGAAAAGCCAACACAGAUGGCAUAACGAUUAUAGCGAUUGA